AUGCCGCCCCCGCCAGACCCGGCUCCGGUCGCUGAACCCGCCCCCAAAAGCGAGGCCGCCCGCGCAUCUCUCAGGAGGAGAAGGACAGGAGGGCAGCUGAGAGGAGCGCCUGGCGGCGGAGAGAAGGCCAAGCGGGAGGCGGACAAGGCGGCGAAGGAGGCCGAGAAGGCACGCAUACGCGAGGAGAGGCGGCUAAGAGGGAGGCAGAGGCGACGCAGGAGGGCUCGCUGCCGAAGGGAGUCGAUGAUGAUCGACGAGCUGCGGUCUAGCAGCCCCGCGCACUCGAGUCCGCUCGCAGCAGAGCCGGAGAAGACAUCGCGCAAACCCGUCUCUACACGCAAACGCGCUGCAUCAACUCGGAAAGCUGCUUCGCAAUCGCAAUCUCAGUCGCAUCCAGAGAGUUCGCAGCCGCAGGCUCAGCCCGAGCCCGAGCCCAAAUCCCAACCAGAGUCCCAGACGCAAGACACCGUCCCGAACUCGGACCCGCUCUUCCUCCCGAGCAGCAGCCAAGUCCCCUGGACCCCGCUCGCCCCCGGCCCCACUUCCACACCGGCCGCCGCCGCGCCGCCUCCCUUCCGGCUCCGCCCCUGGCUGAGGGACGCGCCUUUCCGGCGGCUGUCCGAUAUCGCGACCCAGGCGCUGUUCACGCCGUUCGCGCUUACGCCCGUCGCGAAGGACGCGCCAUGGUCGGCUAAGAAAGCGGCGGAGAAGGCGGGGGAGUCGGAUGACGAUGACAGUGAUGACGAUGAUGAGGACGAGGAGGACGAGGAUGAGGGGGGAGGGGCGAAGAAGUCGCACAUCCCGCAGGACAGGCGUGCGGGCGCGGGCGUGCAGAAAAAGAAGACGAGCGGGCUGGCCUCGUUCUCGAAGUGA